AACAGAUUUGAAAACCAAGGGGAAAAAAGCCCCUUUAAUCUUGAUUUCUCUCCCAGGCUGCCUCGGGCUGGCAGGGGGAUGGCCCAGCUCCAGGACAACACCGGUGGCAUCAUCUCUGCUUUUUACACGGGCACCCAAAACUGCCCCCUGAGCAGGGAGGAGCUGAGGCAGCUCAUGGAGCGGGAGUUUGGGGAUGCCCUGGAGAACCCCCAGGACCCCGAGAGCAUCCAGAAGGUUCUGUGCUUCCUGGCUGAUGAGAACAACUGCAGGGUGGGCUUCAGGGAGCUGCUCAGGCUGGUUUUCCACGUGGCCAAGGCUUGUUACAAACCCCUCCAGCAGCCCCAGGGGCUGGGAGAUGGGCCAGGGCUGAGGGGACACACGGGGGGGAGGGUCCCCCCCAACCAGCAGGUCCCCGAGCAGGGUGGGGACAACCAGGACCAGGACACAGGGACACAGGACCAGGACACCCCCCAAAGCCAGGAGGGUGAGACCCCAGAGCAGGACACCCCUCAAAUCCCAGAGGGUGAGACCCCAGAGCAGGACCCCCCUCAAAUCCACGAGGGUGAGACCCCAGAGCAGGACCAGGACACCCCCCAAAGCCAGGAGGGUGAGACCCCAGAGCAGGAGCAGGACACCCCCCAAAGCCAGGAGGGUGAGACCCCAGAGCAGGACACCCCUCAAAUCCCAGAGGGUGAGACCCCAGAGCAGGACCCCCCUCAAAUCCAGGAGGGUGAGACCCCAGAGCAGGACCCCCCUCAAAUCCAGGAGGGUGAGACCCCAGAGCAGGAGCAGGACACCCCUCAAAUCCCAGAGGGUGAGACCCCAGAGCAGGACACCCCUCAAAUCCCAGAGGGUGAGACCCCAGAGCAGGACCAGGACACCCCUCAAAUCCAGGAGGGUGAGACCCCAGAGCAGGAGCAGGACACCCCUCAAAUCCCAGAGGGUGAGACCCCAGAGCAGGAGCAGGACCCCCCUCUGGGUGACGGGGCUGAAGCAGCAGGAGGGGAUCCAGAGGGAGGGGAGAUCCUGGACACUGCGACCCCAGAGCAGGACAGAGACACCUGGGAGGCUGAAGAGGCUGAAGAGGUUGAAGAGGCUGAAGAGGCAACCAAACAGGACCCAAAAACCCACUGGGCCCCAGAAACUGAGGCACCAGGAGAGGGUUCAAAGCACCAUCAGAGCCCAGAGCCCGAGCCAGCAAAGCAGGACCCGAAUCCUCCCUCUGAGACACGAGGAGAAGACCCCCAGAAGGUCUGGGAGGCCCCUUGGAGAGCUCCCAGCCCUGGGCAGACCCCGGAGCUGCUGCCCCCACAGUGGGGUGCAAGCCCCCAGCAGGAUGCCAAGGCCCAGGGAACACCCCACGACCCGGACUGGCCUCGAAUCCCUGGAUCCCAAGUGCUGGGGACGGAGCCCAGCGAGGCACAACAGCUCCGAGGACACCCCGGGGUGGAGCAGCAGCUCCUGCAGCCUCUGCACAAGUGGCCACCAGAGCAGUGAGGGCUGGGACGAGCCCAGGCUGCUCCCCCUGCCAGGACUGGGACAGUUUGUCCCGUCCCACUCUGGUUUUUCCACUUCUAAUUCUCAUUUUGUGCCUAAUUCCUUCUCAACCCCCCCGUUGGUGCCGAGCUGGGCAUGACCCGGGGCCUCCCCUCUCCCCCCUGUGUGAGCAAAGCAAUAAAACC